UUACUGUAGGAAGGGGGAGUCCUGGGACUCCUCUCACCUGCGGGAUGCACAGGUGCCUGCAACUAGGAAAAUAACCCAGACCACGCAGAAGCGGGCUAACCAAAGGGGUAGGGUGCCAGGACUGACUUUGCCAGUCCAGCUGGAGACCCGCGCCGCGAACGCCCACCGCUCCGGCCGCCGCCCACCCUCGCCGCGCAGGUCGGCGGAGUAUACUGUUGGGUCUUUAAGAGGCGGGGUUGACUCGCAACGUGCCUGAUUGCGUCAUUAUCCUGCGCCUCGAGCCUUGGUCUCCACGUGUAUUCAGUGGAGAAACCCCGGACUGGGGAUCAUGGCGGGAGCUGAGAGUGGGGACGCGGCGGGAGCGGAGGCCCCGCAGCCCCAGAAGCGCUACUAUCGGCAACGUGCUCACUCCAACCCCAUGGCUGACCACACGCUGCGUUAGUGACCCUGUGAAGCCUGAAGAGAUGGACUGGUCCGAGCUAUACCCAGAGUUCUUCACUCCACUGACUCAAAAUAAGAGCCACGAUGACCCAAAGGAUAAGAAAGAAAAGAGAGCUCAGGCCCAAGUGGAGUUUGCAGACAUAGGCUGUGGCUAUGGUGGCCUGUUAGUGGAACUGUCACCGUUGUUCCCGGACACACUGAUUUUGGGUCUGGAGAUCCGGGUGAAAGUCUCAGACUAUGUACAAGACCGGAUUCGGGCCCUUCGAGCAGCUCCUGGAGGUGGCUUCCAGAACAUCGCCUGUCUCCGUAGCAAUGCCAUGAAACACCUUCCUAACUUCUUCCGCAAGGGCCAGCUGACAAAGAUGUUCUUCCUCUUCCCUGACCCACAUUUCAAGCGGACGAAGCACAAGUGGCGAAUCAUCAGUCCCACACUGCUGGCAGAAUAUGCCUACGUGCUUAGAGUCGGGGGGCUCGUAUACACCAUAACUGAUGUGCUGGAGCUACAUGACUGGAUGUGCGCCCACUUUGAAAGGCACCCCCUUUUUGAGCGCGUGCCCCUGGAGGAACUGAGUGAAGACCCCAUUGUGGGACAUCUGGGCACCUCAACUGAGGAAGGAAAGAAAGUCUUACGCAACGGAGGCAAGAAUUUCCCAGCCAUCUUCCGAAGAAUACAGGAUCCCACCCUCCAGCCAGUGACCCCCAGUCCCACCCCUCUUGGCCACUGACAGCCUACUUUGCCUUAGCUUGACCACAGGACCUUCCUAGCUGAGACUGCCAGGGCCAAGAGGGGACAAUUUUUCAAAGAAGUUGGGAGAACUUCCCAAGCCAGAAGCCUGAGAUUGACAACUGACCUCUCAUCUUCUUGCCUGUCUACCACCAACAGAAAGCAAAAGAAGCUAACUGGGAAGGUCAAAAGACCUUGGACCAGAAGGGAUGUUUGGAAGGGUGUGGGGUCUUGCUCUUCCUUAGCACUCCCUUCUUCUGGGAUCUCUCCUUCUCAGCGAAAGUGAGGAAUGCAGUUCUCCACUAUCCAUCUAAACAGCUUGCUAGACUCAAA